AUGGCCGCAACACAUGCUCACGAACUUGGAAAAGUUCUCAUUGUCGGUGCUGGGCCCUCGGGUUUAGUCCUGGCCCUCUUGCUCGGUAAGGCCGGCGUCAACGUGGAGAUCGUGGAUGCCGCAGAGAAACUGGACGAGCAGCCACGAGCCACGCAUUACAACUCUCCAGCUACACAUGUGCUCAAGCGUGCGGGCGUCUUGGAUGAAAUUCGGGCAGCCGCGGUGAUAUGUAAACGAGUGGUUUGGCGCAAACCAGAUGGAACGCUUCUCGGCGCGUUGGAUUAUGCUGCGGUCCCGGAGGAGAGCUCUGAGAGAAUGGUAGCUCUACCUCUCAAUGAGGUCAGCAAGAUCGUGCUUCGUCAGCUUCAAAGCAUUCCUGCUGUCGAGAUCAAAUGGUCGCACAACGUGGUCGAUGUGGGCCAGAACGAUGGUGAGGCUUGGGUUGACGUUGAGACAGCCACUGGGAAACAACGACUGGAGGCCGACUAUGUCAUUGGUUGUGAUGGUGCAAACAGCAAAGUUCGCAGAGCUCUUCAAGGCGACUGGCAUUUCCCAGGCAAGACUUGGGCCGAACAAAUUGUGGCUACAAAUGUGUAUUACGACUUCGACAAGUUUGGAUGGGAUGAUGCCAACUUUAUCAUUGAACCAGAGAACUGGUUUAUGGCCUCGAGGAUCAGUAAAGAUGGAUUGUGGCGCGUGUCCUAUGGUGAAACUUCUGGACUCACCCGAGAGCAAUACCUUGAACGCCAGCCGAUGAAGUUUGAACGAAUGCUCCCUGGAAAUCCAAAGCCCGAUGCCUAUAAAAUCAUGAACAUCAGCCCCUAUAAGAUUCACCAAAGAUGUGCGGAGAAGUUACGGGUUGGACGUUUCAUUAUUGCGGCCGAUGCUGCUCAUUUGUGCAACCCAUUUGGAGGACUUGGCCUGACAGGUGGUCUGGCAGACAUCGAAAGUCUGUACGACUGCUUGAUAGGCAUCCAUGAAGGCAAAGCACAAGAUUCAAUACUGGAUAAGUACGACGAAGUCAGACGUGAGAUGUGGCACAAAUUUAUCGACCCAAUCUCGAGCGAGAACCUUCGCCGCCUGAAUGGUCAGGAUCCCGAAAAGGCUCGAGAAAACGACAGUCUCCUUCAAAUGCUCGAACGUGCUUCUAGAGACCCAAACCUUGCCCGAACGAUGCAACUGGUGAGCUACACGAUCUGA